AUGAUAGCCAACGAGGAAGCACCUCUAAUCUAUCCGGCUGAAGAUCCUGACAUACAGCCUGAAUCGGAUGACAUUUAUAAGUGUUUUACCCCAGGAAAGAAACGAGUUAUCCUGGCUCUAGUAUCAUGGUUGGGACUGUUACCUGUGCGGAAUUACCCUUCAUUCGUGCUGAGUGUUCCUCAGAUCGCUGAGGAGUUGAAGUCAACAGGCUCUGUCAUAGAUAUAUCCAUAAGCUUUGCCUUGCUUAUGCUUGCCUUCGGAAACCUAGUUACUCGAGCUUCUGUAAGAACAGUCAUUCACCAUUUUCCUGAUGACUAUCCACUCCCGCUACUUGGCUUCUUGUCGCUGGGCGUAGCAGUUGCUAGAAGUGUUCCUGAGCUGAUUGUGUGGCGAAUGCUGCAAACUUUUGCAGCAUCUGCUGGUAUGGCCGUCGGAGCUGCGGUGAUUGGUGACAUGUGUGGUGCCACAAUGGGGGUGUUCUUCGCGGCAUGUUGCCUUGGUGCAGCGGUGUCUCCCCUGUGCGGUGGUGUAGUGGCCUAUUAUGCCUCCUGGCAAGCUAUGCAACAUGCCUUAUUUCUGAGUGCCAUUUUAGCCUUUGCAUUCAUGUAUGCCUUCUUGCCAGAAAUGGCCCAAGCUGGUACCAGAGGCCUUGAAAACUGUUUGCAGGAUGAAGUUUGCACUACUCCAAAAUGCAAGUGGGUAUGGUUGAAUUCGCUCAGCUCCCUAGGCUAUCUCAGGUCUCCAAAUAUUAUGGUUGUGGAGAGGUUCCUUUUAAUUCCCUUAUCAUAUACAAUUGGUGCACAUUACAACAUAAAAAAUGAGGCUGUUAUCAGUGCUUUCUUCCUUUCGGUGGGUUUGGGUAGUCUCCUGCGACACCCAGUUGGAUCACCAUUGGCAGGUUACAUGUCAGACAGAAUAAUUGUUAAAUGGCAAGUGAAAUGGAAUGGCAUAUGGCUCCCUGAAGACAGCUUGAGAGCAGCGAUCCCCAGACUACAUGUCUUAGCUCCUCUUUCCAUCGUUUGCAGCAGCUUCAUCAUGGAAUACAUGCCCAGACUGUCAAGGAUAAUCCUCAAUCUCUUCUGCUUGUUUGUCAAUGGAGUUGGGGUACACUCUUUGGCAUGA